GCGCGGGGAGGAUGGGGGUGAUCGCGCAGCCCGACGUCGUCCUACUCGGCCGAAGAGUCGCCGCGGAUCAGGCCUUCGUCUGGCUCGCCGCGGGAACCAUCGUUUCCAUCGCGCUCGCCUCCUACCUCGAGGAGUUCGUGUUAAAGUCGCUUCCCAACUACGACUUCUUCUUCACGAUGGCCUUCUUCGAGCUCGCGGUGUUCGGCGUCGUCAGCCACGUCACCAUCCGCCUUCGCGCCGCGACGGAGCUCGCAUCCCUCGGCGGCGACGGCGCGGUCGCGUCGCCGGGGCGGGCGGCGAUCGGUCCACCGCCGAGAUGGAGCGACGUGAAGUGGUGGAGGCUGGAGCCCCGCGCGGCGCCCCUCCGGCUCUACGUCAUCGGCGCGACGUGCCUCGCGCUGUACGCCAGCCUGGGUAAGCUCGCGUACAAGUACGUCAACUACGUCACCGGGACGGUGCUCAAGUCCAUCAAGCUGGUGCCGGUCAUGAUCGUCAGCGUGACGUGGCUGGGGCGGUCCUACCCGCCGCACGACUACGCCGCGGCGGGCUUCCUCACCACCUCCGCGGUGAUGUUCGGCCUCGGAGAGGCCGAGUCCAACCGCGAAGCCAACUACGCCAUGGGAUUCGCCCUGUCGUUCGUAUGCCUGGGAUUGACCGCGGCGCAGAGCAACAUAGCGGACGCGUGCAUGAGGGACCACGGCGCGGGCGUCGACGAGAACAUGCUCUACGUCAACGGCGUCGGCGCGUGCCUCGUUUUCGCGUUUUUGGUCAUCUCCGGAGAGGUCUUCCAGGCUUUCGCUUACUUUACGCGGUUCCCCGGGGCGUUCGCGCUGCUGUUCGUGCGCAGCGUGGUGUUCUACGUGGGCGCGUGGCUGUACACGCUGCUCAUGAAGCACUUCGGCGCCGUCGCGGCGGUGGCGGUGACGACGGCGAGGAAGGCCAUCACCGUGAUGCUCAGUUUCGCGCUGUUUCGGAGCGACAAGCCGUUGACGGCCAAGUACGCCGCGGCGACGGCGCUGUUCUUCGGGGCGAUCGCGUGCGAGUAUCACAAAUCGGAGGUGAGGCGGAGGCGCGAGGAGAGGGCGCGAGGGGGCGCGAAGGAAGGCGGAAGACGAGGCGGCGACGACGACACGGCCGGCGGGGGCGGUGACUCACCGGGCGACGAUUCGGGCGAGGGCGGUCGGCGGAGGCCGGGUAGGCGGAGCGAGGACGGGCGGGGAGGGGCGACCAGGGAGAUGGAUCGCGAGCUCGCGCCCGUGCGUAUAAAGUAGCGGCGUCGUGUUACACUUAGUCGAUUCAUUCUUAACCCGAGGGAUCGGUAGACGG